CAGGGCUCUUUUUUUAUUUAUUUAUUUCAUUCCUCUUUGCAUUCCAUCCCCAUCCUUUCCAAAGGCAAUCAAACUUUUUUUUUUUUGUUUUUUUCUCGUAACUUUGACUUCAAUCUCAUCCCACCUUUUAUCCCACCCUUUAUCACAUCCUUCGCUGCCAUUUCACUCUCUAUCUGUCAUUAUUAAUUCUUGAGGUCAAGAAGCAGACCAUUGCCACUUUAUCUUACUACUUCAACAACAAAAGCAACAGCAACGGACUUCAGUAGCAGCAGCAGUAGAGGCGGGCAUCAAUACUAAUAACAAAUAAUUACAAUAAUAAUAAUAUAAUAAUAAUUAAAGUCCUCGAAUCAUGCCUUUAAACGACUACCGUGUCUCCACCAUUGUGAUCCUUUGCAAGGACUGUGGUAAUGAUGUCGGAAACUAUCCUGGUCUUCACAAAUGUCCUCCUCCACCUGCCAUGCCUGCCAUGCCUGCCAUCCCCUCCAAAUACCAACAGCAAUCAUCCCCAACAUCACCGUCAUCACCAUCAGGUCUGAACGGAAGAGGAACAGGAGGAGGAGCCAAUAGUAAUUCAUAUGGCUCUUAUGGUAGUGGAACCAAAACCCCUACUUCAUUUCAAGAAAGGAUGAACGGAUCCUCAGCACGGACACCGACAGCAUCUUCUUUUCAAGAACGGAUGCGGGAACGAGAUCGAGAAAAGCAACAACGUGAACGUGAAGAACGAGAGGCUGCUGCAAGGGCUGUUCGUGAAGAUACCCGGGCAGAAUCAGGUGGAUCAUCAACAGCUGCCCCAGCACCAGCGUCGGGAGCAGGGUCGACAUUAUGGAGUAGAUUAAAAGCUGCCAAGGAGGUCAUCAAUGCCACCAUCACUGGAGAGGAGAAAUGGCCAGAAUCUGAUGAUUCGGAUUAUGAAGGUGAAACGCACGUGCAUCGUGUGAUACGCGAAUAUGCUGACAAAAAAGAGGAGGCAGAGCUUGCAGCCAAGAUUGCAGAACUGGAGAUGAUGCCUGUUGAUGAGAUACCAGCUUCAGCCACGAAAUCAGGCGGAAGAAAUGAGUAUCGCCGAAAGGAUGCAGCGCCUUCAACAAUGUCAUCCACAUCUUCAUCCUCAAAUGAACGUGACGAUUAUUAUGGUCGGUCACUUCGAGCUAGAGGCGAGGCUCAGGAUGAGAGAUCUAGGUCACCAUAUGCAAGUAAAAGCUCAGGAGGGGGUCCAUCUUCUUCGUUAGAUAGUCGAUACAAGACCACAAGUGAUGCAAGUCGAGACGAUGCAUUAAGUCGGCUGGAGGGCAAAUCUCAAGGCGAUAAACUAGCAACUCAGGUCAGUCACCUUGGAAGCACCACUCCUAGAGGAAGGGCCAACUCUCCAAAUGUUGGAUAUCGAUCACAAGAUCCAGCACCUUCAUCACCAACUUCCCCUAAUAGCAACAAUAAUAACGGUUAUGGUCAAGCUGGGCAUUACAACAGCCAUUCGGCUUCUUCAUCACCAUCACCUUCACAACGGCGAUACGAUUCACCAUCCCCUGCACCUCCAUCAACAUCAUCAUCCCGACCACGGUAUCAAGGACAGGCCCCUGUCUCACCAUCGUAUGGAAAUACUAACUAUCGUCAGCCACAGCCCGGUCCACCUCCAGCGUCUAGAGGGGAUGCCUAUGCAGGAAGUCGCCCUCGUGGACCGGAUCCAUCAUACGGUGGAAGCGGAGGAAACUAUGGAAGACCAGAUUAUGACCGGAAGCCGGCCUACCCACCGAAUGGUGGCUAUAGUGGUGGAGGUGGUGGAAAUAAUAUGGGUGCAUAUGGACAAAGACAACAGCAACAACAUUAUCAACAGCAAUACCCUCAACAACAGUAUCAACACCCACAGCCGCGUCAUCCUUAUGGUGGCUCGCAGGGCAAUUACUUUUAAUAAACUUUCUGAAC